CGUUUCGACCCCGAGGCAGUCGCUGAAGCCAUCAACACCCUCGCUCAGCAGGGGAUCCUCUUCAAGAAUGAGGUCGAAGCGGCCCAGCGCCCUCGUGACGGUGUCGAAGACCUCCUCCGUCAAAUGGGGGCACAACUGGGCGGCAUCAACACUCGUCUCCGAAUUCUUGAAGGCAGUGUCAAUCGCAUGGAAGCAACCAUCUGCAUUGCAGUUCGCGAGCUUGGAGCCCUUCUGGAAGUCCUCGGCGUGCGCUGCAAUAGAACUGCUGAGCGCAAGCGAGCUGCUUUCUUCAAUGCCAUUGGCACAACACUCAUGGCGCAC